AUGGGGGGGACAGGGAGGGGAGACAGGGAGGAGGGACAGGGAGGAGACAGUGCCAGGGAGGGGACAGUGACAGUGCCAGUGCCAGGGAAGGGAAGGGACAGGGCCAUGGCACAGCUGAGCUUCAUCCUGCUGCUCGCCUCUCUCCCGAUCCUUUUCCCACCGGUGAAGCCCUCAGACCUCUCCCCUCCCGCCCCCAACAUCUCGGUGACGCCGGCCAAGGCACGUUUCCUGGUGGGCGAUGCCGUGUCCAUCUCCUGCGCCGCGCCGGCACCGCCCGGCACCGACCGCAUCCAGGCCUUCCGCUUCACCGGCACCUCGGGCUGGGCCAGCGACGUCCGGACGUCCCGCCGGACGUCUGUCCACACCUUCACCGUCACCGGGCCCCGUGACGGCGGCUUUCAUACAUGCUCCUACAGCGUCAUCCGGCGCGGUGGCCGCGUCCUGCACUCGCCACCCAGCCGAGCGGUGUUCAUCAACAUCCGAGACCGCCCAACCCAACCCAACCUGACGGUGACACCCUCGGGCCUCACGGUGCAAGGGCAGCCCCUCCUCUUCCUCUGCAUGGCCCCACCCAGCAAAGCCCCUCGGCGCCACUUCCGCUUCCUCCGGGAUGAGCUUGAGGUCUCCGAGGGCAUCGUGGAAGGUUCUGGAAGCGCCCGGCUGAGGGUGGAGAGGAGCGGCCAGAACCAGACCGGGAACUUCAGCUGCAGCUAUGAGGAGAUGACCGAGGGGCGCUGGAUUGCCUCCUACCCCAGCGAGGCCGUGGCAGUGGUGGUGGAAGACCCGUGUCCGCCCCCCGUGCUUUGGGUGGAGCCUCCGUCUGGCGUGGUCACCGUGGGUCAGCGGCUGCGCCUGACCUGUUCUGCGAGCCGACGUCACUUCCGGCGCCGCUUCCGCUUCUUCCGCGAUGGCAUCGAGCUGACUCCGGGUGACCUCAUCGAUGGCGUCAUCAGUGACGUCACUGGUGAUGGGUCCCAGCUGGUGUUCCCGCGGAUUUCCCCCGAAUUUUCCGGGAAUUUCAGCUGCCUGCUGGAGGAGGAGGUGGGCGGGGCCUGGGUGGAGGCUCCGCCCAGUGAAGGCGUGGCCGUGGUGGUCACGGACCUCUCCCCUCCCGCCCCCAACAUCUCGGUGACGCCGGCCAAGGCACGUUUCCUGGUGGGCGAUGCCGUGUCCAUCUCCUGCGCCGCGCCGGCACCGCCCGGCACCGACCGCAUCCAGGCCUUCCGCUUCAACGGCACCUCGGGCUGGGCCAGCGACGUCCGGACGUCCCGCCGGACGUCUGUCCACACCUUCACCGUCACCGGGCCCCGCGACGGCGGCGUCCACACCUGCUCCUACAGCGUCGUCCGGCGCGGUGGCCGCGUCCUCCACUCGCCGCCCAGCCGGGCUGUGGUCAUCGAUGUCCGAGACCGCCCAACCCAACCCAACCUGACGGUGACACCCUCGGGCCUCACGGUGCAAGGGCAGCCCCUCCUCUUCCUCUGCAUGGCCCCACCCAGCAAAGCCCCUCGGCGCCACUUCCGCUUCCUCCGGGAUGAGCUUGAGGUCUCCGAGGGCAUCGUGGAAGGUUCUGGAAGCGCCCGGCUGAGGGUGGAGAGGAGCGGCCAGAACCAGACCGGGAACUUCAGCUGCAGCUAUGAGGAGAUGACCGAGGGGCGCUGGAUUGCCUCCUACCCCAGCGAGGCCGUGGCAGUGGUGGUGGAAGGUGAUUUUGAGGGGAAAUUGGCAGGGUUUGGGUAUGGGGAGGGCUGUGGGGAAAGACCCGUGUCCGCCCCCGUGCUUUGGGUGGAGCCUCCGUCUGGCGUGGUCACCGUGGGUCAGCGGCUGCGCCUGACCUGUUCUGCGAGCCGACGUCACUUCCGGCGCCGCUUCCGCUUCUUCCGCGAUGGCAUCGAGCUGACUCCGGGUGACCUCAUCGAUGGCGUCAUCAGUGACGUCACUGGUGAUGGCUGCCUGCUGGAGGAGGAGGUGGGCGGGGCCUGGGUGGAGGCUCCGCCCAGGGAAGGCGUGGCCGUGGUGGUCACGGACCUCUCCCCUCCCGCCCACAACAUCUCGGUGACGCCGGCCAAGGCACGUUUCCUGGUGGGCGAUGCCGUGUCCAUCUCCUGCGCCGCGCCGGCACCGCCCGGCACCGACCGCAUCCAGGCCUUCCGCUUCAACGGCACCUCGGGCUGGGCCAGCGACGUCCGGACGUCCCGCCGGACGUCUGUCCACACCUUCACCGUCACCGGGCCCCGCGACGGCGGCGUCCACACCUGCUCCUACAGCGUCGUCCGGCGCGGUGGCCGCGUCCUCCACUCGCCGCCCAGCCGGGCUGUGGUCAUCGAUGUCCGAGACCGCCCAACCCAACCCAACCUGACGGUGACACCCUCGGGCCUCACGGUGCAAGGGCAGCCCCUCCUCUUCCUCUGCAUGGCCCCACCCAGCAAAGCCCCUCGGCGCCACUUCCGCUUCCUCCGGGAUGAGCUUGAGGUCUCCGAGGGCAUCGUGGAAGGUUCUGGAAGCGCCCGGCUGAGGGUGGAGAGGAGCGGCCAGAACCAGACUGGGAACUUCAGCUGCAGCUAUGAGGAGAUGACCGAGGGGCGCUGGAUUGCCUCCUACCCCAGCGAGGCCGUGGCAGUGGUGGUGGAAGACCCGUGUCCGCCCCCCGUGCUUUGGGUGGAGCCUCCGUCUGGCGUGGUCACCGUGGGUCAGCGGCUGCGCCUGACCUGUUCUGCGAGCCGACGUCACUUCCGGCGCCGCUUCCGCUUCUUCCGCAAUGGCAUCGAGCUGACUCCGGGUGACCUCAUCGAUGGCGUCAUCAGUGACGUCACUGGUGAUGGGUCCCAGCUGGUGUUCCCGCGGAUUUCCCCCGAAUUUUCCGGGAAUUUCAGCUGCCUGCUGGAGGAGGAGGUGGGCGGGGCCUGGGUGGAGGCUCCGCCCAGUGAAGGCGUGGCCGUGGUGGUCACGGGUAGACCUCUCCCCUCCCGCCCCAACAUCUCGGUGACGCCGGCCAAGGCACGUUUCCUGGUGGGCGAUGCCGUGUCCAUCUCCUGCGCCGCGCCGGCACCGCCCGGCACCGACCGCAUCCAGGCCUUCCGCUUCAACGGCACCUCGGGCUGGGCCAGCGACGUCCGGACAUCCCGCCGGACGUCUGUCCACACCUUCACCGUCACCGGGCCCCGCGACGGCGGCGUCCACACCUGCUCCUACAGCGUCAUCCGGCGCGGUGGCCGCGUCCUCCACUCGCCGCCCAGCCGGGCUGUGGUCAUCGAUGUCCGAGACCGCCCAACCCAACCCAACCUGACGGUGACACCCUCGGGCCUCACGGUGCAAGGGCAGCCCCUCCUCUUCCUCUGCAUGGCCCCACCCAGCAAAGCCCCUCGGCGCCACUUCCGCUUCCUCCGGGAUGAGCUUGAGGUCUCCGAGGGCAUCGUGGAAGGUUCUGGAAGCGCCCGGCUGAGGGUGGAGAGGAGCGGCCAGAACCAGACCGGGAACUUCAGCUGCAGCUAUGAGGAGAUGACCGAGGGGCGCUGGAUUGCCUCCUACCCCAGCGAGGCCGUGGCAGUGGUGGUGGAAGGUGAUUUUGAGGGGAAAUUGGCAGGGUUUGGGUAUGGGGAGGGCUGUGGGGAAAGGUGA